UGAGUCCACAUAUUGACUCUACUCAGAUCUGCUCAUUUUGAAAUUAAGGUGGUUAUAGUAGUACAUUUGAUUGAUCAGAGAAGAUGAAUUCCUUGUCACACGUUCCUCCAGGUUUUCGAUUUCACCCAACAGAUGAAGAACUUGUGGAUUAUUACCUUAGAAAGAAAAUCACCUCUAGAAGGAUUGACCUCGAUGUUAUUAAAGACAUCGAUCUCUACAAAAUCGAGCCAUGGGAUCUUCAAGAAUUAUGUAGAAUGGGGACAGAAGAACAAAGUGAUUGGUACUUUUUUAGCCACAAAGACAAGAAAUAUCCAACAGGAACAAGAACAAAUAGAGCAACAGCAGCAGGAUUUUGGAAGGCAACAGGAAGGGACAAGGCUAUAUAUUCAAAGCAUGAUUUAAUUGGGAUGAGGAAGACUUUGGUGUAUUAUAAAGGGAGGGCUCCAAAUGGACAAAAAUCUGAUUUUAUUAUGCAUGAAUACAGACUUGAGACUGAUCCAAAUGGUGCUCCUCAGGCAAAAGGAUGGGUUAUAUGUAGAGUAUUCAAGAAGAAAAUAGCAGCUGGCAUGAGAAUGGAUACUAGUGAACAUGGUUCACCAAUUUGGUACGAUGAUCAACUUUCAUUCAUGCAAGACAUGGAUUCCCCUAAGCCAAUACAUCCUCAAAUUAAUUACAUUAACCACUAUCCCAAUAAUUACCCUAAUUGCAAAAAAGAAUUUGAUAAUUUGCACUACCAAAUCCCACCUCAAAAUCACCAAUUUCUUCAUCAACUUCCUCUUUUAGAAACAACUAAACUUGUAGCUGCACCUCCUGGUUGUAGCUCAAUGCCUAUAUUUGGCAAUAUUAACGUUAAUCGACCAGCAUUGCUCACACAAGAUCAACAUGUUCAUCCUACAUUUGGGAAUAAUAAUGACAGCCAGCAAGUUGCAGAUCAAGUGACUGAUUGGCGAGUACUCGAUAAAUUUGUAGCUUCUCAACUUAGCCAAGAAGAUGAAAAUAAUAACUAUUCGUCAAAUGCAGUACCAAACACAUUUCAGGCUAAGCGCGAUGAUGAGGUGAAUUUGAACAAGCAAGAAAUGGCCCCGGAAAAUACCUCCACAGCAUCUUCAAGUUCUCAAAUUGAUUUGUGGAAAUGAAAGUGAAAAUCCACCUAAUAAUAAUAAUAAUAAUAAUAAGUUACUGCUCAAAAAUAUUA